UGUUGCUAUCGUAAGUGAAACGCAAACCCUUUUGGGGUGGUAUCGUGUUCCCGGUGUCCUCCAUCUGUGAGAAUUCCUUUUGCAAAGAUAAAAAAGGCUCGUGAAUUCCUGCGUAAACGGAUUAAACAUGAUUCAGUGCUGCUGAGUAUCUUGUUUAAAGUAAUUGUGACGUCACACAAAUAGCACCACGGGGCAAAUGAAUUUUUUGUUCCUAUUUAUUGUUGCUAUCAGCAGAAUGAGUCAUAAGAAUAGCUGCGACGUACUCACGAUACUUAAUUUAGCUACUCGUCAAAAUGUCCAACCCUGAGCCAGGCAACUCCGGGAAUAACGGUUUUCCUAAAUUACCGCCUCCGCCAACGGACAGCACGCAGCCUCCUAGCACUGCCAACAAUGCCACCAACAACCGGCUGAAGCAAACGCAGGCUCAGGUCGACGAGGUCGUCGGAAUCAUGCGUGUGAACGUGGAAAAGGUCCUUGAGCGAGACCAAAAACUAUCGGAGCUGGACCAACGCGCAGAUGCAUUGCAGCACGGCGCAUCACAAUUUGAGCAGCAGGCCAGCAAGCUGAAGAGAAAGCAAUGGUGGGCGAACAUGAAGAUGAUGAUCAUUAUGGGCGUGAUUGGCGUGGUGCUUCUCAUUAUCAUCAUCCUUUGGAUCGUACCGGGCAGCUCAUCGUCUGCCCCGCCUCCACCAGCUGUUACAGAGAGUACAACAAUGGGCACAGAAACUCCAAAUUAAUCAAUUUGGUUACCGUGAUUAUUGAAUCAUUUAACACACUUAAAUAUUAUCUUAUAUAAAUCAUAACGAAAUAAAGAUGAUGAAGUCUAAUAAGUAGGAUUUUUUUAUUUGUGCUACAGUAACAAUUUUGCUUAGUUAGCAGAAAAAACAGUAAUCUAGUCUAGUGGAGUAGUUGUGUUUUUUUUUUCAAGCGAUUCAUCAAUUUCGAAAUGCAAUACAACGAAAGAGCAAGACCAUAUUUAGAAUCGCAUCAAUAGCACAAAUCUAUCCUUGUGGACAUGCUCUGUUAUGUUUAAUUCAUCUGUUUUAAUCGAAACCGCUUUCCACCAGUAGACACAUGUUCCCAGCACGUACAAGCCCCACGGAAAGCCGUGAUGUCCUUUUUUUGCUACGUGGCCCAGCAACAUAACACGACCGUUCAUAAAAGAUACAAAAUAACAUCCUUAUCCGCUGAGCAUUGAUGCUUCAAAGGCGGGUUGUCUUGUCGCUCGUAUCUUUCCAUUAAGAAACUUCGCCACAUCUUAAUCGUAGCAUGAGAUGGACGCUGUCUAGGACAGUAGAAGGAGCUUCUGGCAACAAGAAUAUUUCUCGCUAUUCAGGUCGCGCAUCGUCAACUUUGUCAGCAUACCGGUUCUCAUCCGUUUCCGCAUCGUCUUAGUAGUUCAGUCUUUCAGCACAGCUGCAUCGAUUACACUGAGGUGUCGUCACAAACAAAAUGGGGGCAAUUUGAAGAAGAGAGUUUGAAGUUUUCUUGGGAAAAUUUAUCCGCGUAUGUCAGAUACUGAAAGUCACGCUGGAUGUAUAGGAACACUCAAAAGUAGAAUGCUCCUUUGGGAGUAGAGAACAUUGUUCGAAUCGCUUGCGGAUGCAGCCUAUUAUCUCAACGUGUAUGCUACUAAGCCAAAUGGGGUUUGGAUGAAUUGCGUUGAGGUUGAGUGUAUACCAGGGGGUCUCAAACUCGCGGCCCGCGGCCACGGCCACGAAGUAAAGUUAAACUUAAUUUUAUAUGAAAAAAAACUUUGUGUAUGAUGCGGCCGGCCCAGUGUGUGCUACAUUACAAUGUGGCCCGCUAAGUAGCUGUUAUUUUGAACAGCGACCUUGAUGCUAAUAUGAGUUUGAGACCUCUGGUGAAGAACGUUUCUUGGAUCUCUUGAACAAUGCAACCACUGUCCUUUACACCGUUAUGUCCAUGCUUCCAUCCUAUUGUAAUGAUCCUUUAAAGACGGGUGCCACCUGACCAGAAGUACUUACCUAACACAUGCCAGAAAUAUGUGAAAUGUUUACAGUUAUUGUUUACUUUGCAGUAAUUUUUCAAUUAAAGCUGACUUUAAUUGAUGUACCCCACAUGUACUAAACUAACUAGUCACCAAUUUUUGAUUUCAUUUACUACUUUUGGUUUUUUUUUUAAUUAUACAAAACCGCUUGAACUUGAACAAGCUUUAAAAUAACACAAAUCAGUGCAUAAUGAUCAUGCAACUGGCGGAAUUACUUUAAAUUAAUUUUUGGAAGCAUGAUUAUACUGCAGUCGUUAAAAAACCAACACUUUCCACUUAGUUACGUUAGAAAUACACUAAAAGUCUUAUUGUCAAUAUUUCGCUUACGCCUUUUUACUCGCGGACAUCAAAAAUAACUAUUGAUUGUCGCCUUUCUUGUUAAAAUUCAAAGUUCGUAAUAAGUCCAAUCAACUCAACAUUAUUUAUACAACAGAAUAGUUUCACUUUAAAGGUUAUUUUCCUUUAUAUGGUAUACUACUACAACAAAAUGCCGCAGCAAACAUAUGGCGUUGAAUAAAUUACUAGUAUUUUUUAAAUUGAAUACUGAUUGAUGACGAUGCAGCACAUCGCUCAACCAACACAAGGACGUGAUUUUCACUCAAUAGUAACAAGACGACGCUUUACUCAAUAGUAGUAGGACGAAUUGUGUAUCACUUCAUGAUUUCGCCUCCUGCAGGAUUUAGUCAUCUUGCACCUGUCACCUCAGCCAUCCUUGCUGGAUGAACUCGAUUUCUCUCUCACACAACCUUAACAGUAGCUCACACUUCGCUUGCUUUCUUCCUAAUUUCACACUCUUCCCAUCCUGCGCUGUGCUGCAAUGUGUAUUCAAUCAAUAUUUCACUACUUUUUUGUAUCUUGCAUUCAUUCAUGCGGCUCAUCGUUGAGAGAUAAAAGAAGAGACAAUAUCUAACUAAAGGGUGAGGUAGCAGGUUACAAGAUUCUGUUAACUAAUCGGCACGUCUGCCCUAUGUGCACACAUCGUUGUUUCAUUGGAGCCACGUACCAGUAAU